AUGAGUGCCACAUCAGCCACGAGUUGCCCCUUGCCAUCACUGCUUGCGCCUGAACAAGAGGAGCAAGAGUGUUCUGACAUACAUAUGUCUGUCUUGUGGUAUGCAGGGGAGUUUGCAGUUACUUACUAUGAUACAGAAGAUUGCUCGGUUUACUUCAUGCCUGACACACCUGAUAGUGAAGGCCUCGAGCUGCUGCAAAAAGUGACAGGGGAAGUUCAUCCUAAAUGCAUAGUGACAAGUGCAAAACAGGAUCAGAAUAUUGCCAAUUUCCUGACCAACCUAGCAGACAGUGAUAGCGAUAAAGGAAAAAUAGAAAUUGUCCUGUUUCCUAACAUAGAUUUUGGCCUAGAAGUCAGCAAGCAACGAAUUCUAUCUAGACAAUUUCCAUUUAUCCCAUCCCAUAUGACUGCAACAGAAAAAAUUCUUUAUUUGUCCUCAGUCAUCCCUUUUGAGUGCCCACUCAUGAUAAGAGCAUUAGGGGGGCUCCUUAAGUACCUCGACAGGAGAAGGGUUGGAGUUGAACUGGAAGAAAGCGGUAUUGCAGUUCCUGUUUUAGCCUUUAGAAAGUUUGUUCUGUCAGAAACUGUGAAUAUAGACCAAGACACUUACAGUGUUCUACAGAUAUUUAAAAGUGAUAUCCAUCCUUCUGUGUAUAAACUUUCUAGUGGAUUAAAAGAAGGAUUCAGUUUAUAUGGGAUUUUAAAUCGCUGUAGAUGCAAACGGGGAGAAAAACUUUUGAGGCUGUGGCUUACACGACCUACUCGGAACUUGACAGAGCUAAACAAACGGCUGGAUGUUAUCCACUUCUUCCUGUUGGCUCAGAACCAUGAAACAGUCCUUACCCUUCAAGAUUGCCUCAGGAAUAUAAAAAAUGUGCCUCUUAUUCUAAAAAGAAUGACUCUAUCCCAUACAAAAGUUGGUGACUGGCAAGCACUCUAUAAGACAGUGUGCAGUGCACUGUGCCUUAGAGACACAUGUCGCUCUCUGCCCCAUAGUAUUGAACUCUUUCAGAUUAUUUCACGCGUCUUCACUGAUGAUCUGCAAUACAUUGCUAGUCUUAUCAGCAAAGUGGUGGACUUUGAAGGCAGCAUCUCACAAAAUCGCUUCACUGUUAGACCCAAUGUGGAUCCCACCAUUGAUGAAAAGAAGCGAAGGCUAAUGGGUCUGUCAGACUUUCUUACAGAAGUGGCACAGAAAGAACUGGAAACGUUGGACAACCAUAUUCCUUCCUGUUGUGUGAUCUACAUUCCUUUGAUUGGGUUCCUUCUCUCCAUUCCACGGCUACCGAGCAUGGUGGAUAAAAAUGACUUUGAAAUUGAAGGCUUGGACUUCAUGUUCUUGUCAGAGGAUAAACUGCACUACAGAAGUGCUAGAACUAAGGAGCUAGACAGCCUGCUGGGUGACUUGCACUGUGAGAUAAGAGACCAAGAAACACUUAUUAUGCACCAGCUGCAGGCAAAGAUCUUGGAGAGGUCUGAAGUGCUUAACAGUGUGAUUGAGUACACUGCACACCUGGACGUGCUGUUGGCUUUGGCAGUGAUGGCUCGGGAGAACUCCUACUGCCGGCCACGCUUUACUCAGCGCCAUGGCUUCCACAUCAAGGACGGAAGACAUCCACUGAUGGAACUAUGUGCAAAGACAUUUGUGGCUAAUCCUGUGAACAGUGGUGAGGCUACCAGACGAAUAAAGAUAAUCACUGGGCCCAACUCAUCUGGAAAGAGCGUCUACUUAAAGCAAGUAGGUCUUAUAAUAUUUAUGGGUCUAAUUGGCAGUUAUGUGCCUGCAGCAGAGGCAGAGAUCGGAGCAAUUGAUGGGAUUUACACAAGAAUCCACACUAGGGAAUCAGUUUCUGUAGGACUCUCCACAUUCAUGAUUGAUCUUAACCAGGUUGCCAAAGCAGUAAACAAUGCCACAGAGAGGUCAUUGGUACUUAUCGAUGAGUUUGGCAAAGGGACCAACACACUAGAUGGCCUGGCCCUUCUGGCUGCUGUGCUGAAGUACUGGAUCAAUCAAGGAACCCAGUGUCCGCAGGUCUUUGUGUCCACUAAUUUUCACAGCUUAAUGCAGCUGGAACUUUUGCCUGACACACCUCUUCUAGAAUACCUCACCAUGGAGACUCACCAAGAUGGAGAUGAAUUGGUGUUUUUCUAUCAGAUCAAACAAGGAGUAUCCACUGUUAGUCAUGCUGCCAACAUUGCUGCACUAGCUGGAAUGCCUGCCAAAAUUAUUGAAAGGGGAGUGGAAGUAUCAGAACUGAUUCGCAAUGGAAAAGCUAUCAAACGUAUUGAUCAUCCUUCAAAAGGAGACCAGAUGGAAAAAUGCAAGGCUGUUGUUGAAAAGUUUCUUAGCCUAGACCUUGAUGAUCCUAAUGUGAACUUAGAAGAGUUCAUGCAUAAAGAGGUAUUGCCCUCUGCAGCCUCAAUUCUAUAG